AUGGAGUUGAUGCAGAAGAUGCGUGAAGAGUUUCUACACCAGCUUGACGUACUUCGUCAAGCAAACGAAGCUAGUGUGGCUCAGAUCGCCUUGUUUCAACAGCACAAUAACACUCUGCAAACGGCGAUGGCUCAGUUGGCACCAACGCCACCACUAGGUGACAUAGCAGCACCCCCUAAUCAGAAUAUUCCUCCAGUUAACGGGCUUCCACCUAAUGGGGCACGACCCAACGAGGCUCAGCCAAAUGAGGUUCAGCAACAACAGAGGGCAAGGUCCGAGGCUGUUGCCUCAGACAACGUCCCUCAUCGCAAGCAGGAUGAGCAAGUCGAGUCUAGCCAUAAGCUCACGAUGUGGUCUAAUGGAAUUCCAGAUGGUGCAGGUGUUCAGGAUGCCUUUGAUGAGAAAAGACUCCUGAAGAUUCAGACACCUAUUGAGAUGGCCAGAGAGCACAAAAAUUCCCUAGUCAAAACUCCUUUCACUGACGAUGUGUAUAUGGUUGAGAGGCCCAAGAAAUUUACCAUGCCUUCUUUUACUCAGUUUGACGGUACGGGAGAUCCUUCUCGGCACCUAGAUCAUUACGCCCAAAAGAUAGCUUUGGAUGAUUGUAAUGACCCUUGGAUGUGUAGAGUUUUUCCUACCAGCUUGACAGGAGCAGCACUAGAGUGGUUCAGGAAUAGGCCGCAUAAGUCCAUCCCGGAUUACGUAACUCUGUGCACCAUGUUCCUAGCACAAUACUGCGGAAAUAAGAAGCAAAAGAAUAGUAUUGUUAGCCUCUUCACCAUAAGGCAAAAGAAGGGGGAAACAUUGCAAGAUUUCUUAUCUAGAUUCAACAUGGAAGCCUUGGAAAUAGUAUACUGUCAUCCCGCGAAUGCUAUAGAAACAUUUAAACUUGCAAUGAUUCAGGGGACGAAGUUUCACACUUCCUUCGUCAAGUAUUCUCCUCCUAACAUGCAGACUCUCAAUGCUAGGGCCCAGAUCUAUAUUCGGCUCGAGGAAAAUGUAGCCCACCGAGUGCAGCACGCCACCCUCAUGAUAGUGGAGAACAAGCCUCGAGAGAGAAUUCCAAAUUCAAAGAAUCAGAAAAGUCAACGCGCCUUAACGCCAAUCACCUAG